AUGACAGGAAUCAGCCCGGACGUCAUCACCCACAAACUCAAUGUCGACCCCAGCUUUAAGCCAGUGAAACAGAAACGACGAAAGUUUGCACCUGAAAGGAAUAAAAUCAUAGACGAAGAAGUUCAAAAACUGAUAGAUUCCGGGAAAGUCAGGGAAGUCAAGUAUCCAGAUUGGUGCGACGUACCAACGGUUGGUCAACAAGAUGUUCAAAGACCAACUUGGAGACACAAUGGAGGUCUACAUCGACGACAUGCUAGUAAAAUCAAGGAAGGCGGACGACCACGUAGAACACCUACGACAAUCCUUCGACAUAUUGAGGAAAUACGCUUUGCAAAACCUCAAAAAAUAUAUGAUGUCACCACCCCUCCUGUCCAGCCCAAAGAAGGCGAAGUCCUACAACUCUAUCUAGCCGUCAGCUCGACAGCAGUCAGUGCGGUCCUAGCUCACGAAGACGAAACGCAACAGCUGCCUAUUUACUACAUCAGUAAGUCACUGCUAGAAGCAGAAACCAGGUACUCCUCCCUCGAAAAACUCGUUUUAGCACUCGUUACUGCGGCCAAAAAGCUAAGGCAUUAUUUUGAAACCCACCAAAUAGCGGUGAUGACUAAUUAUCCAAUCCAGUCUGUAAUGCGUAGACCAGAACUAACAGGUCGAAUGGAGAAAUUGACAAUGGCGCUAGGAAGCUUCGACAUCAAAUACCAACCGAGGACGGCCGUAAAGUCGCAGGCCCUAGCAGAUUUUGUGGCAGACUUUAGCCCCGACUUGGAGAAGACAGCAGACGACGAAGUCAAACUCAUCAACAACGUAGAAGAAGUAUGGACACUCUUCGUCGACGGCUCAGCUAACUUUCGUGGUGCAGGUCUAGGCGUCGUACUAAAAUCGCCACAAGGGGACAUGAUAGCACAGGCCAUAUGCUGCGACUUCAAGGCGACAAACAACGAAGCAGAAUAUGAAGCGGUAAUUGCUGGACUGACGUUAGCUGAAGAAUUAGAGGCAAGCGGACUCAACAUCUUCAGCGACUCACAACUAAUCUUCAACCAAAUUAACGGCGACUACGAGGCCAAAGACCUAAAAAUGACCUUAUACCUCGAGAAAGCAAAAAAGCUUACCUCCAGAUUUAAACCCUUCUCCAUUAAACAAGUGCCACGAGACUUAAACACACAAGGCGACGCCCUUGCCAACCUAGGAUCCGCACUCAGAAAAUCACAUUUCUCGACCAUACCUCUGGUACACCUACUGUCGCCCGCUAUUGAAAAAGACAUACCACAAGACGCCAGCCUCGUCCUAUCUACCACAAACGCGGAUAGUUGGACCAAACCCAUUCUCGACUACCUAGCACACGAAACCUUACCCGACGACAAGCUCAAAGCCAGGAAGAUACUUUUCAAAGCAUCACGAUAUGUUAUUUUGCAGGGCAUACUAUUUAAAAGGUCAGCGAACGGUAUGUUGAUGCGAUGCGCAGAAAAAACAGAAUGGGAAGGAUUACUAAAGCAAUACCACGAAGGAGAAUGUGGCGGACACGAAGGAGGACGAAGCUUAUCAACCAAGAUCAAGAGAAACGGAUACUAUUGGCCAACAAUGCUCAAAGACGCGAUGAGAUUCGGAGUACCAUCAAAAAUCAUAUGCGACAACGGAUCCCAAUUCAUCAGCGACAAGACUAGGGCUUUCUGCAAGACAGGGAACAUCGAGCUAAAGACGUCGACGCCAAGAUACCCCCAAGCAAAUGGACAGGCGGAAUCCAGCAACAAAACAAUCAUCGCAUCGCCAAAAAAGCGGCUGGACGACAAGAAUGGACGAUGGGCAGAAGAGCUGUCAUCCAUCCUGUGGGCCAAUAGGACGACGCCUAGGACGGCGACGGGACAGACUCCCUUCUCACUCGUUUAUGGGUGCGAAGCAAUACUACCCCCUGAAGUGACACUGCCCAGUGCACGAUAUGGACUCAUGACACCUGAGCAGAACGACGUGGAACUUGGUGAAAAUCUCGACAACACCGAAGACUUCAGAGAAGCAGCGUUGAUAAGGAUGGCGUCGCAGCAACAGAUCGUGGCAAAAUGCUUCAACAAGAACGUCAAAAUCAAAGUGUUCAAGGAGGGCGACUGGGUGCUGCGCAAGGUAUUCCAAAAUACAAAAGAACUAAACGCGGGUAAACUCGCACCAGCUUGGGAAGGACCGUACUUGGUCGAUAAAAUCGUCGGAAAGGGGGCAUACACACUCGUCACCAAAGACGGCAAGUCGGUCCCCCAAAGCUGGAAUGCUACACAUCUUAAACUCUAUCACUUUUAA